CUUCGCCCCCCGCGGACGCGCAGAAGAGGGACAUCCGCGUUGGAGUUGCCCUUUAUCUCCCUCGACUCUCUUACUUCGGCGCCUCCGCCACAGAUCGGCACCGGCGAGUCCCUCUUCUGCGCGCCGCCCUGUCUGCCCCACCGCCCGCCGCCUGCGUGCUCAGUCAGCGCCGCUAGCUCCACGCUGUCAGCGUCUCGUCGGCUCGGCUACAAGUCGCUCGUCCUGUUCGUCUCGUCGGCCUCCUCUCUACCUUACGCACGCGCGGAGGCGACAGGCGCCGCCCUCUGGCGGCCGGCGUCCAGCGGCCAGCGCAUGUAGCACGGCCAGAAGGGCAGGUUUGCGAGAUGAAAUUUCUCUGAAUUGAGAGGGGUUGAGGAAGAUGGAACAAGCAUUUUGUGAUAUUUCUUUAAAGUUGAUCAAGCAACUAAAUUUGGAUAUUUUAUCAUGGCCAAUUGUUUGUCCUACUGCUGUAGCAGGUCUGCAGCUGAGCAGACGAUGAGGCUGGGAGCAUUUUGGUAGCAGUCAAUUCACACCGGGGCAAGUGUCUGAUGGAGAAAAGUAUGUCUGAUUAUUUUGGAGACGAGAAUGAUUACUGGAGCUGUCAGCAUCACAACAGUGGUACUGAUUAUUUGAAAGAAUCAAAUGAGUUCAUUUAUCGAAAAAAGUUGGUGUCAUCAGCAAUAUGGACACCUCCUUUGCAAGCUUAAAUCAGUUUGGUUCCAUACAGAGCGGGCAGCUCGCCUAGAAUGUUUAUUUUGUUAUGACAAGUUCAGGAAGGAUGCGCUGGACAUUGUUGCAUUCUUUGAGGAGGAGCUCAAAAAGUGCAAGGAUGGGAACCCCACAACGUUCCAAAUAUAUCAACGAUCUUAUUUAUCAACUUUAAUUAGCCUCAUGCCUACAAUCAUUCAUUUAGUCUUAGAGCUGCUUCGAUCUGUACAUGCACUAUGGAAGGAUGAUACUAUGGUAACUUUACCAGAAGUACUUGCAGAAGAAAUUAGGAAACUGAAACUGCAAGACACUGACCUUUCAGAGUUCAAAGAGAAUGACAUAGCGCAUUGGUUACAGCUAAUCCGUGAGAGAGGAUACAACCUCUUAGGUUUAUGUGCGGCAAUUGAGGGACCAUUCUGCGAGCUGUUAGACAGUUCAUCAGUUAGCGAUGCCAUAAUCGAAGACUUGGGUUGCAUGGAAUCCCGGCAUGUUAGCAAGCUAAUCGAUCUUGUCAUCAUUCCUUUGAUGAAGUAUUGCCCUUCUAAGCGAUUGGGAGAAUGGAUUUUGAAGCUCUUACCACCCUUAUUUAUUUACUGCGAGGACAUACUUUGUGGCGCAUGGUUCAAUCUUCUAAAUAAAGGCCGGGCUGGUUAUCCUUACUACUUCGGUUAUCUUCGUGGGUCACAGAGAAGUGCAAAGAAGUUAGAAGAGUGCCUACUGCUUGACUUGACUCGCAAAGUCUCAAAGUUGCUUGGGGUUCUAGCAUCUUCAAAACCAAUUGGCGCUCUUACAUGUGUGGACCUGCAAUCUGUCAGUACGGCGAAGGCUGCUUCAUCGCGUGAUUCGAAGCGCGCGUCAUCUAACUCUGUUAUUGGAUAUACUUUACAUAAUGAUUGUUUUGGAAUGUUAAAUAUGAACCUAUUUGGGUCAUGGGUUGAUGGUGAAGCAACGAGGGACGCCGUUCCCUUUUGUCGUGCUUUGGUCCAAGUUGCAGUUGCUACACAAAACAGUAAACUCAGACGGUUUAUUCUACAUGAUAUGCUCCCAGCUACAAUUAAGCGCCUUUGUACUGAUCUUCCAUGCGCGGUUCAGCGGACAAUCAAAAAGUUAAGUUGCCAGCUGAACUCAAGCAAGAGCCAAAAGGCUAGUAAAGAUCUUUGGAUCCUAUGUCAAGAGAUUUAUGCAGUUCAUAUACAAAAUCAGGAUUUCACCGCCGAGAACCCGGGCAAUGUGAACAGACGAGGCCAGUUUAAAGAUUGGCUUGCAAGGCAAAAGAAAGAACUUUUUGCGAAGGCAUCUUAUGAUAUUCCAGUGGGCUUUCCUUCUGAUUUGUGGAAUUGGGAGUUUGAAGACGAAUUUCAAAGAUACCUCCCUACCUAUAUUGACAUAUUGUAUGAAGUUGAUGCAAUGGAUUGUCCAGAGUAUGGUUGUUCACGCUCUUCUACGCUUCUUGAGAAACUGAGGCCUGAAUUUCGAUUAAAACAUGGUAUUAACAGUUUUCGGGAUCGUCAUAUGUGGACGAUAAAUGAUAUGAUUAAGCGAAAACUACCUGCAGAAUAUUCCAAGAGGCGUUCCCGUCAAAUGGACAAAUGGCUUUGCAAACUCAUUUCCUCGAAACCUUACUUUAAGCACUCUGAUGAACGUCAAAGUGCCAUGACUUGGCUUAUGGAAGACUCGCCGUUAGAUGCAAAUCUUUCUGAGUUGGAUGUGCAAGAUGCGGUUGAUAUCUUUUACAAUACAAUAUUAUUCUACUUGGAACCUCAGUUUCAUCCUCUAAUACGGGAGGGUCAAAAGGACUUCCUUAUAAAGGUAGCUCACCAGUUCGUUUUUGCAGAAGAGACCAAUUCUUGCAAGCCCCUCGAACCAGAAUCACGUGAUUUUCCUGGCCAUCUGCAGCCUUAUGCAAGUUCAUACAUCCAUACAAUGAAGUUACAAUCUAAGUAUUUUACGGCACAAGAACAAUUCCGUCGGCAUCAGGAGUUUGAUCGAUAUUUGGCUUCCGGAGAACUAGAUGAUGAUGUCUAUAAGUUUAGUUCUUCACAGGAUAAGUCUGUUCUGCAAUUUGUUGAAAAAAACAACGUGAAAAGUCGGUUCGGGAACCUGGAUGAUAAGCUCAUUAAAUUGUCUUUGGAGGAUCGAGCUCAGAUUGUGGAUACAAUACGUCAAGUGGAUAUUUAUUCUGAAAACUUGAAAAACAUAACAGCGGAUGACAAGCUGAAGGUGUGCCUUCAAAACUUGGUGCAUGAGCUAAAGGAGGAAGGCUUUUUCAAUGUUGAUAACGAUUCUAUUGACUGGGAGAAGACAUGUUUUGUAUCACUCAUAGACGAAUUUAAGGAACUAGUUUUCAAAGGACAUGGCUGCCCUAGAUAUGUUGCUAUUCAAGGAAUUAUGGAGUAUUGGAUAAUCUCACAAAGAAGCGACAUAAAUGGACAAGUUGCUUUUGAAAAGGUCAUUGAAGGAGUAUGUCAUACAUGGAAGAAAAACAUUGCAGAGCUUUGGAUGGAUACAAGAUACUACGAGGAAUCAUGUUAUGACUUGCUCAGAAAUCCUUUGAAAAAGAUCCUCCCUAAAUAGACGAGCUCUUAUUACAAGCCACCAACAAUGGUUGGAUGAGGACUAAACCUCAAACUGCUGCUGAUACACAGGUGCAGAUGGUCUCCAAGUAAAACUAGCAUAUGUCUAACAAAGUGAGCAGGGUGACAGGUUACAAUGGGGUGUGUCAGUAACUGGUACAUUGAUGUGUGUGUGCGCGAGUGCUCAUGGGAAUCUAGUAUUAUAGCCUGCAUGUAGAUGAAAAUUCGUUUAUGUGCCCUGGCACGGAAGCACUCAGAAUUAUGGUCAUUGUUUUCAACAA